AUGGCUCACUCUGACAUUAAGUUGAACAAUGGCAUGGACUUCCCUCCCAUUGGCUUCGGUACAUAUGGAGGUCCUGAUGCUCCCGAGAAGGUGUAUGAAGGUGCCAAGGUAGCUCUUGAAGUCGGCUAUCGUCAUAUCGACACUGCUUUUGUCUAUGGGACUGAGGCAGCAGUUGGCAAGGCUAUCCGUGAAAGCAAUGUGGCUCCUGAAGAGAUCUUUGUUGUUACCAAGUUAUGGCAAACUUUCCAUGAACCUGAGCGUGUACGCCCUGCUUGUGAACGUUCCCUCGAGCUUUUGGAUCUCAAGCAAAUCUCCCAAUAUUUGAUGCAUUGGCCCUUUUCUUGGAAGUUUACCGAUUAUUCUCACAACCAUUUGAAGCCCAAAGAAGGUGAUGAUAUUCCUGUCACUGGUGUUCCCUUUGUUGAAACCUGGAAGGCUAUGGAACAACUUGUCGAAGAUGGUUUGGUCAAGAGCAUUGGUGUGUCCAACUUUACUAUUCCCAUGUUGGAAGAGCUCUUGAAGAAUUGCAAGAUUAAGCCUGCUGUCAACCAAGUGGAAAUUCAUCCUCUUCUCCCCCAAGAAGAGCUCUUGGAAUUCUGCAACAAGAAUGGCAUUGCGCUCACUGCCUAUUGCCCCCUCUCCAACCCUGGCAAGGGUAAGGACUCUGCCAUCAACCACCCCACGGUUAUUGAGAUCGCUGAAAAGUACAAAAAGACUCCUGGUCAAGUGCUCCUUAACUGGGGCAUGCAACGUGGAUAUGCUGUGAUCCCCAAAUCGGUUACUCCUCAACGUAUCAAGGACAACUUUGUGCAGUUCCAAAUGGACCCUGAAGACGUGGAGCGUAUUACUGACAUUGGUCGUAAGGGCCAACAAGUCCGACUAUGUGAUCCUGCUAUUGACUUUGGACCAUCCAACAAGAUCUUUUAA